AUGUCGUGUGCUCCUGAGUUCUUGAGACUGAGCAGGCCUGGACUGUUGCAGGGACCCGUGUUGUUUGAGGACGUGUCUGUGGACUUCACCCAGAAGGAGUGGCAGCUUCUGGACCCUGCGCAGAGAUGUCUGUACAGGGACGUGAUGCUGGAGAACUACAGGCACCUGGAGUCACUGGGACACUGUGUGACCAAACCUGAGCUGAUAUGCAAGUUGGAACGAGAAGAGCCGUGGAUACUAAAGAGGGAAGUGCCAAGUCACAGCCACGCUGAAGUCCAGCGAGCCAAUGACAUGAAAGAAAGCCAAGAAAAUGAAGACAAAUAUUCAAGACCAGCUGGAUUUAUCCACAACAAAACACUCCCCAAGGAGGGAAGGAAGAUCUUAAAAGAAACAGUAGAGAUGACCACGAACCUAGUGCCCUCGGGAAAAACGUCUCAUAACUGUGACUCAUUUGGAACAAGCUUAAAAAGUGUUUCAGAAUUAAUUAUUAGCAAUAGAAACCAUUUAAGAAAAAAGUCUCCUGAUUUCAGUGAAUGUAGGACCCUUGAUACAAAGCAGGAGAAUAUGCGUACAAGGAGCAGGCCCCGUGGAAAUGAUCAGAGGAAGAGACCCCACAGUCCUCAUGAGGACUGUAUUCAGAACAGUUCAUCUCCAGAACAACCUCUCGAACAUGAUGAUUGUAGGCAGUCCUCUCGUAGGAAGACACCCUUGGUUACAUGUGAGAAAGCUCACACAGGAGAGACAUCCUCUAAAGGUGACAAAUACAGACGAACCUUCAACCAAAAGUUAAAGGUCAAUUCUGAUAUGAGGAUCCUUGGGGAAAGGAAACCACAUGAAUUCAGGAAAAGUGGGAAAUUGUCAUGCGAAAAGCCAAAAGAUGCACAUCAAAGAAUUAACAUACAGGAGAAGCAUGUUGGAUGUAGUAAAUUGGGGAAAUCCUUUAGCAAGAAAUCAAACCUCACCCAAUGUCAGAGAAUGUGCCCAGGAGAAAAUACUAAUGAGUGUCACAAAAGUGAGGAAGACUUAAGGAAGUCAUACCACAGUCAAGAUGAGAAAACUCAUGCAGGAGAGAAGAUCUAUGGUUGUACGGAGUGUGGGGAAUCCUUUCAUGAAAAAUCAUGCCUCACUAAGCAUCAGCGAACUCACACCACAGAACCAAGCCAGCGUGAUGAUAGGAAGAGAGCCUUGGAGAGGAAAUCCCACCUCACUCUAAAUCAGAGAGACACCACCAGAGAGGAUAACGACAAAGGUGAUAAAUGUGAAAAAACCUCCCGCAAGAAGUCAAUAUACAUUCAACAUCAGAAAAUAACCUUGGAGAAAAAACCUCAUGAGAGUAAGAAAAGUGGAAGAGCCGUAAGUGGGAAGUCACACCUCACUGAAAAUCGGAGCGGUCACAAAGGAGAGAGAACUUAUGACUGUGGUAAAUGUGGGGAAAGCUUCCGUAAGAAAUCGAGCCUUACUCAACAUCAGAGCACACACACAGGGAAAAAGCCCUAUGAGUGCAAUGAAUGUGGGAAAUCCUUCUUUGUGAAGUCCAACCUCACUGAACAUCAGAGAACUCACACAGGAGAGAAGCCGUAUGAAUGCGGUGAAUGUGGGAAAUCCUUCUGCCAGAAAUCAGCCCUCACAGUGCAUCAGAGAACUCACACAGGAGAGAAACCGUACAAAUGCAACGAGUGUGGGAAGACCUUCUGUGUGAAAUCCAACCUGACCCAACAUCAGAGGACCCACACUGGAGAGAAACCCUACAAGUGCAACGAAUGCUCGAGAUCUUUCUGUGUGAAAUCCAACCUUGUAGUGCAUCAGAGAACUCAUACAGGAGAAAAGCCCUACAGAUGCCCUGAGUGUGGGAAAACCUUCUAUGAAAAGUCAGCCCUCACAAAGCAUCAGAGAAUUCACACAGGGGAAAAACCCUAUGAAUGCAACGAAUGUAGAAAAACCUUCAGCCAGAGGUCAGCCCUCACCAAACAUCAAAGGAAAACACACAAGAAGAAAACUCCUAUCAACACCCUCCAUGUGGAGAAACCUACAGUCACAAGCCAAACUCACUGAACAUCAGUAGGACCUGAAGGCAAAACCCCGACACGUCACCACAAGUAGGAAAGUCUUCACAAAUAAAACCAAUGGGAACCAGAGAAUUCCUAUAGGAGUAAAAUCAUAAGAACGUUUGAAUAUGUAUUUAAAAUUGUUGAAGAAAAUUUAUAAUUUUAAGGCGUAUGGAUUAAAACGUCCUAGUAGAAAUGUUAUUUAACCAGAAGUCAGAUUUCAGAGGUAAUAUCAAACUUAUUACAGAAAAUAGUCUAUUCUUAAUAGAAAAAUGAAUCAUGGGCCUUUUGUAAACACAUAAAUCAUUUAAGUCAUUGCUAUAUCAGCAUUAAAUAGAAUC